AAUAACCAUUCAAGAAUGUGGAAUUUGAAGCUCUUGCUUCUGUGCCUUUCUGUCAUGAUCACUGACAUAGUUGCAGGUGUUCUGGGAAUAGAAGCUGAUAAAGCUCUACAAAAGGGUACUCAUGUCUGUCCACCUAAAAAAGCAGGACCUGCAUAUAAGCUUGGUAUUGCUUCUGCUGUUCUCGUGGGACUGACUCUAGCAAUCAGUGACUCCUUGUCAAAGAGCACUAAACCACAUACUUUGUCCGAUUCUACAAGGUCAUCACCAGCCAGGACGGUGGCUACUGCCACCUUUUGGCUCUCAUGGGUUGUAUGUGUCCUUGCAAUAAUGUUUCUUGGCAUAGGUGUGUCCAAUGAUUACCCAGUCUCACAUAUCCCCUGCUCAUUCUCAAAGUUUCACUUCCUAACCGUUGGUGGAGUUCUCUGCUUCGUUGAUGGUGUAAUUUGUGUAAUUAAUCAGGUGUCUUCUGCUUCAGCAAAUGCUGAAGCCUGAAGGAGAACGUUCGCAUGAAGAACAACCACAUCCAUCUACGGCAUUGGAAGUUUUCUAUCUGUUAAUAAAAAUGUGGUAUUAUUAACUAUGACAAUAAUAAUAUUCUAUUUCAUUGUACUCUACUUUGUAAUGGUG